AUGUUUUAUAUUUUAUUUUAUCUAAUUAUUAUUUUAUGUAAUAAUCUCUUGUUAAAUACCCAAAAACUUCCAUUCGAUACUCUUGUAAAUUUUGGUGAUGGUAAUACAGAUACUGGAAAUGUUUAUAAUUUAACAAAUCAUCAAUGGCCUCUUGUACCUCCUUAUUAUCAAGGACAUUUUACAAAUGGUCCUGUUUGGAUAGAACAAUUAGGUAUUCCAAACAUUUCAAAUUAUGCUUAUAAUGGUGCUACUAUUGAUAAUGAUAACUUAAUUGCUGGAUAUACUCAACCAAAUAAAACACUUGUACCUGGAGUUCGUCAACAGAUUGUUACUUAUCUAGCUAAUAAUGAUAUAACGAAAGUCGAUUUAACACGUACACUCUAUGUUAUCUGGGCUGGUAUGAAUGAUUACCUUGAUAAUUCAAGUAUAACUUCAGAUCUAGUAGUAGCUAGUCUUAUGAAUGCAAUUUCUGAUUUAACUCUUGUUGGAGCAGAACAUAUUUUAGUACUAAAUCUACCACCACUUCAGGCUUAUCCAUUUAGUCGUGAAACAAAUAAAAACUUGUCUUUAAAUACAGUAGUAACUAAUCAUAAUAGUUAUCUUCUAUCAAAUAUUUCACAAGUUAAUAUUAUGUAUAAUACAACAUCGAUAAAAGUAUUCGAUUUAUAUUCAUUAAUGAUCAGUAUCCUUACGAAUAAUUCAAUACCAGCUAUAGAUAAAACUAAUCCAUGUUGGAAUAUAAGCAAUGACAUCGUUAUAUCACAAUGUUUAAUUCCUAAUCAAUAUAUUUUUAUUGAUACUUACCAUUUAACAACUACUAUACAUCAACGUAUAGCUGUCAAUAUUGAACAAUUUCUUCGUUCAUCUUCAUCUAAUUUCUUUAUUUCUAAAUUAAUUCUUUUUAUAAAUUUAUUUUUUUAUCUUAGAAAAAAAAACUAA